GGUAACCUGUUUCGUUUAUGACAUGACUACUCAAGUUUGGGCUGAUUCGCAUUUGUUUCUUUGUCAUAAACAGUCAGGUCGUGUCCAAAAGGGUUUAUUAAUUAUUAUCAAAGAAGAAAAUUUAUUGGAUGGAGAAGUUCCAAUGCUGUUGAAGUGAGUGUCUACAAGUGUAGAAAUACGCAUCUCGAGGUACAAGGUACACGUACGGGUAGACAAUUGUGACAAUCCUUGAAUUUUUCUCCAAGACACUGCUGUUGUUACCACUGAUAUGCUCAGAGUGGCCCUCUCAGAUACCCUGCCGUGCCACGCAAGUGUUGGGUAAAGUAGGAGACGUGUUACCCUUGUCACCAGGUCACCCCCGCGGUGUUCUGAAACAUGGUGGACAUGUGACUCUUGUGAGCCAGAGAUUUGAAUUGUAAUGUAAACUUGAUCCGUGCUAUUUGAAAAUUCGCGUGGCACAUUCAUUGGGUGGAAUAUUUGGCGAAUAUGACGAGUAGCGGAGAACCACUUAUUGAGUUGUCGGAAGCAGAGACUCCUGGGCAGGCUGCUGUUGCUUUCCUCGAAUGUUUGAAAGCAGAUUGCUCUGUGGCGCAGUCUCUGGUCUAUGUGCUUGAUCGUGAGACUGGCGAGCUUCAACUGUACGCAUCCAGCAAGGAUGCGAGCAUUUCGCCGCGGGAUUCAGCGCAGCAGUUAGACAGCACCGCACUUGAGUCCGUGGAGACCGGUGAGGAUCGGCAUGUUUAUGUUGAGGAGAUUGCAGCGGAGAGCCCCUUUCGGCAGCUGCUUGAUCUUGACAACGCUGAGCCACUAUCUGUGCUCAAGUGCUGCCCAGUGCGCGGUCGAAAGCAGAAGGGUCGUGUCGUGGCAUUAUUUGUGAUGCUCUGUCACCACCCUCCAGAGGGCAGUGGUGGUCCCGAAACCGCAUUGGCUCCACUAUCCACUCUGAAAGGCUUGCUGGCCGUGGCCGUGGAGAGAACGGAAGCCUUGUCACGCCACCGUAAAGACCUGGCCGUGGUCAGGGAGAAUUCGGAAACCGAGGUGGCGCUCUGGAACGACUUCUACCACCUAUUCUCCUAUCGUCACGACUCCAUGGUGCUAACGCAAGAGCUGUGUCGUAUGGCGGAAAAUCUCACACGCGGCGCCUCAUCCAUCUUUCUUGUCAAUGAAAAUGGCGGCACUCUCUUCUGUCAGCUGCGCAACCUGAAAGUGCCCAGAGAAGACAUCAUUUUGCCUAUUGAAUCAUCGCCGUACGGAGAUGUCGUCGAGGCCGACUCAACGUGCAUCGUUGAGAAUCUGGACCGCUAUCCGCAGGAAGUGCUGCUGCUGAGUGAGGACGGCAAGCGGCCCACUUCGAUGAUGUGCGCGGCCAUCAGUGCCAAGUAUGAGGAUGGCCACGGGGAGAAGGUGGCAGUAAUGGCCAUCGCGUCCUAUGAUACGCACUGUUUCUCCGAGAAGGACUUGAAGAUAUUUAUGUGGCUUGUUAACCAUGCCACGCCCCUGUACUUGGGCGUUUUGCUCAACGAUUCCGUAACCCUGACCAAACUCCAGAACGACUCGUUACUACAAGUUGCUGGCCACUUGUUUGCGCACCUUGAUGACAUGUCACGGUUGCUGAAGGAAAUUCUCUCCCAUGCGCGGCAUCUGAUAAAUGCGGAAAGGUGUUCGCUGUUCUUGUUGGAGAAAAACGAGAAGAACGUCGAGGAGCUCGUUGCUGUCAUCUUCGACAAUGAAAUUGUUGGAGAGGGACCACGGCGCAUCUCCCUGUCACACAGCAUUGCUGGCCAAGUUGCGUCGGCGGGGGAGCUAAAAAACGUCUCCGACGUCCAUGACGAGUCCGAUUUCUGCAAGGAUGUUGAUGCGGCGACCGGCUUCAAAACGAGGAACCUACUGUGUUUCCCAAUCAAGGGCAAGAAUGGCAGUGUGCUGGGCGUGGCGCAGCUUGUCAAUAAAAUUGGAGGCGGCAAUUUCUCUUACAUCGACGAGGAGUUGGCAAAGUCGUUCGCUGUAUACUGCGGCAUCAGCAUCUGCCACUCGUUGCUGUACACGCGAGCCAAGGAGGCACAGAACCGGAGUCGGCUGGCCACCGAGCUCAUGAUCUAUCACAUGCAGACGAACGAAGAUGACGUAGCCGCACUGGCACGAAUGCCAUCCCAAAUCCCGGAAACUGCUCGCCGCGCGAUUGGCAGCUUUGAGUUUUCUCACAAAGGAUACCCCGACCUUGAGAACAUGCAGCUGCUUGUUGGUAUGUUCGAUGAGAUGGGGUUGAUCAAUCGCUGGAGAAUUCCCAAGGUCAUCUUGUGCCGGUUUUUGCUGACUGUGAAGCGAGGCUAUCGGCACCCGCCGUAUCACAACUGGGACCAUGCCUUCGCUGUCGCUCACUUCUGCUACUGUCUCUGGCGGCGUUGUGGUCACUUGCAACCGCUAAGUGAUAUGGAAGUACUUGGACUAUUUGUAGCUAGUCUUUGCCAUGACAUUGAUCACCGUGGAACAAACAAUGCCUUCCAGGUCAAUGCGCACUCUGUCCUGGCAGCGCUGUACAGCUCUGAGGGAUCUGUUAUGGAGCAUCACCAUUUUGCGCAGACAAUGUGCAUUCUCAACACAGAGAACUGCAACAUCUUUGUCAACCUCGACAGAAAGGAUUACCAAGAGGUGUUAGACAUCAUGUACGAGGUGAUUCUGGACACGGAUAUUGCCAUCCACUUGAAGAAGGUCAAGGACUUGGAGAAGAUGGCAGAGGACGGUGUGGACAAGAACAACACCAAGCACCGACACUUGCUGCUCUCCUUGCUGAUGACAUCCUGCGAUCUCAACUCGUCCACCAAGCCGUGGCAGGAUGCCCAGGAAGCAGCGCGUAAGAUUUAUAUGGAGUUCUUUACCCAGGGAGAUUUGGAGAAAGUUCUCGAUCUUCAAAGCCAGGAGAUGAUGGACAGGAACAGCGCUUGCAUUCCCGAGCAGCAGAUCAGCUUCACCGACUUCAUUGCCAUGCCCGUGUUCAAGAUUCUAAACAAGGUGUUUCCGGAAACGCGCAACGUCCUGGCUCGCCUCAAGGCUAACUAUGACACAUGGACCAAGGUGAAGCAGAUGUACUGGGACCAGGCCAGCGUGGGUAGUGUGUCCAGCAGGUCCAGCUCAGCCAGUGCCAAAGGUUCUGGCUCCGGCCUCGUGUCACCACGGGGCAUGCUGGGCAACAGCUCCGAAGGUGAGCAGUCCCGCUCCCUGCGCCAGCAAAUGGGUCGCUUUGACUCGACCACCUCCAUCAGCUCGGCGAGCUCCAGCGCUAGUUGUGAUAGCUCCGUGUCGGCAUGUCAUCGAAGUGCCAGCGUAGGAUCAAUGGGCCGUGUGAGCACUGGCAAGAAGGAUCCCAUGUCCGUCUCAUCAUCCGACAGCGUGCCUGAGGAACCUACCUCGCCGAAGAAACGUGCCUCCACUGGCCAACUGGCGGUAAAAAAACACCCUCGCCUGCGCGUGUAUGAGACGUAUUUGUCUCGGCGCGCCUCGCAUCUGAUCGGUGCUGACUAUACACUACAGGCCGCUUCACUGCAGGCCGGUGCCGAGGCAGCACCGGAUGUGCGACCGCAGCCGCACCAUCGACGCAUGGGACAGUUUGAGGCACCGCUGGUGCUUGACCGCGUGACGGAUCCAGUGCGGGACAAGCUCGAGGAGGAAGCGAAUCGACUGCAGAAAGCGGAUGAGAGAACCACGGAUAGGGAUAAGAUCAACACAGUGGCUGUCGGAUCGCUACUGCAGCCCACCAUUGUUCUGGACUCAGCGGGAUCAGAUGGUUUGCUGUCGGAACUUGACUCGAUUCCCACGUCGGUCAUGACUGAUUUUGGCAGUGAGAUGUCACCCUACCCGGUAUCUCCUGACUGCCGGUCUGCCACGCCUAUUGUUAGCAUGCCCAGGUUUGAACGUGAGAGCAUUGACAGUCCCGGACCUAUCCGUCCGUUGCGACACAGUGCGGACGAUGCACUUCGAGCCUCUAGUGAGCUGGUCUCUAGCAUCAAAGAGAAAGUGCAUCGCAGCAGCGAUGGCGAUCGCUACCGCUACCUUAGCCGCCAUGAUGAGCAAGUGCGCCACUCUGCGUCGGACGUGUUUGUGGGUACCGGUGUAGCGUCACGGCGUAGAUUUAGCGUAGGCAGGCCCACACCCACGCCCGGUGACACGCUAGUGGCCAAGCGGCGGCGUUCCCAGGGCAUGCUCACUCUGAUGCGUUAGAGUGGACUCCAGCAUGUGCACACCCGCAUGCAUACACACACAUACACACACACACACACACACACACACACACACACACACACACACACAUACACACAUGUACAUACAUAUACACACACACGGACCCACACACACAGCAGUCACUUCCUGCCUGCGUGUGUGCACAUAUAGGCAGACCUCCUCUUCCCCUGGUCGAUCUCCCACGACUUAUUUUUUUAGGCGCCUUCUCUUCGUUUCUAGUUAGCUGAUAUACCUAUGUUAGUGCCCUAGUGCUGUUAGGUACUAAAUGUUCACGUGGUUCAUGUACCAGCUCUAUGUUCCCGUGGUUACUGCAUGUACCAGCUGUAUUUCAUCUGCCAUUCACCGGGAAGAACUCAGCAUGGUAUUAUUUUAUAUUUUUAACCGACUAUUAACCUGUUGACGUGACUGUCCUCUUGUUCUCACUAGUACUUUUGCUUGCGCUCUCGGCUCUCCGAUUUUAUUUCCGCCGUGCCUGUGAUUUUCAUGAUUUUCAAAUAUCCUAUAUUCUCCUUUAGGAACUGGUUAACCUCAGCAAUCACGGCCGGCUGUUUGGUGAUUCUGCUUUUAUUGUGAUCACUGUUAAUUGUUGGGAGCAUUGAUGUUUAUUUUAAUAUGACCAACAUUUUCCUGGAGCCAGCCAGUCGUGCUCUGUGUAGCCUGUGGCCCCUGUGUGGGUCGCCAGGCACGUUAGUACCACCUCGCCACACCUUCAGCAAUCCUUGUACUGCAAAGUACUAGGUGCUGAAGCAUGCAAACUAUACCUUGAAUGAUAUUAAAUUUUCGUUUUUCCA